ACCAUAACCCCACCCAAUUCCCAUCCCAUUCUCCCCCUCUUAAAACCUUUCUCCUCCCUCACUAAGAACAACACCAUGCACCCCCUUACACUCAAAGACCCAAACAUGAACACACUAAACCACUCACAACAGCAACAACAAGAACAAGAAGAGUACAUCUUCAAAAGCAACAGUCCAGCAGUGUUAGUGCCGGAGAACACCACACUCCCGGACUUUGUUCUCAGAGAUGCCGAACACUUCUCCGAUAAGGUGGCAUUGGUUGAAGUGAUGACAGGGAUGAAACUCACGUACGGUGAAGUGGCAAGAGAGACCAGGAGGUUUGCAAAGGCAUUGAGGUCUUUGGGGCUGAGGAAAGGGCAUGUGGUUGUGGUGGUGCUCCCUAAUGUGGCUAUCUAUCCGGUGGUGGCUUUGGGCAUCAUGGCCGCCGGUGGUGUCUUCUCCGGUGCUAACCCUCUUGCUCUUGCUGUGGAGAUACGUAAGCAAGUCUUGGACUCCAGUGCAAAGAUACUUGUUACUAAUGGCCUCACUUAUGAGACUAAAGUAAAAGAUUUCGGCAUACCAGUAAUAGUAAUCGACAACGAUAACACUGAACAAUGCCAUUCAUCAGAUGCAAUACGGUGGACCAAGCUACUCGAAGCAUCGGAUCGAGCAGGAGGAAAUUUUAUAGAUGAAAAUGUCUUAGAAUCUGAUCUUUGCGCCCUUCCCUACUCUUCAGGCACCACAGGCAUUUCCAAGGGGGUCAUGCUCACCCACCGGAACCUGGUUUCCAGUCUAUGCUCAACCCUCUCCAAUGUAGGUCCUGAAAUGGUUGGCCAAGUCACAACAUUAGGACUCAUGCCCUUCUUUCACAUUUAUGGCACCACUGGUAUUUGUUGUGCUACCCUACGGAAUAAGGGCAAGGUGGUUGUUAUGGGCAGGUUUGAACCUAGACUUUUCAUGCAUGCCUUGAUCACACAUGAGGUUACCUUUGCUCCUAUUGUGCCACCCAUUAUGCUUGCUAUGGUUAAUAAUCCGGUGAUUGAUGAGUUUGAUCUUCGGAAACUCAAGCUUAAGUCAGUCAUGACUGCGGCUGCACCACUUGCCCCUCAGUUGCUUUCAGCUUUUGAAGCUAAGUUCCCGGGCGUCGUUGUUCAAGAGGCGUAUGGACUUACAGAGCAUAGUUGCAUCACUUUGACACAUGGAGAUCCUAGUCACAUUGCCAAGAGGAACUCAGUAGGACGAAUACUUCCAAACAUUGAAGUGAAAUUCAUUGACCCUGAAACAGGGCUCUCACUGCCAAGAAACACACAUGGAGAAGUCUGUGUUCGGAGCCAAUCUGUCAUGCAAGGUUAUCACAAGAACAAAGAAGAAUCAGAAAGAAUGAUUGAUGAAGAAGGGUGGCUCCACACUGGUGACAUAGGAUACAUAGAUGAUGAUGGGGAUGUGUUCAUUGUUGACCGGAUAAAAGAACUCAUCAAAUACAAAGGGUUUCAGGUGGCUCCUGCAGAGCUAGAAGACAUACUACUUUCUCAUCCUUCAGUUCAAGAUGCUGCAGUCUUUGGAAUAACAGAUGAGAUGGCAGGGGAGAUUCCAGUGGGUUGUGUUGUGAUGAAGCAAAAUGCAGAGGAGAGUGAAGAGGAGAUAAUGAAUCAUGUUGCCUCCAAUGUGGCUUCCUACAAGAAGCUGAGAGUGUUGCACUUUGUGGAUUCCAUACCAAAAUCACAAUCUGGCAAAAUCAUGAGGAGGCUUUUAAAGGAUCAAUUCAAUUCCUCAAGUAUCAUAUCCCAACUCCACCAAAUUUAAUUGCCAAUAAAUAAAACAGCAUUCUCAAUGUAAUAAACACUAAUCAUUGAAAUAAAUAUCUUCUUGUCAGA